CUUUUUGCAGGCAGUCAAUCGAAUCUGACUUCUGGUCACACUUCUCUCAUAAACCAUGCUGGGGGAGGCUAUAUUAACGGACCUGUCAACUCAUUGUUUUCUACUGGUGUUAACUUUGUUUCCACGGCUCUUUCAUCUUCUCCAUCUCCUAACACUAGUACCACACUUUACUCGGCCUCAUCUAUUUCCUCCUCUUCUGGGGCACUUACUUCUUCCAUCCUUACACCUUCAUCUUCCUCUUCCGCUCCCUCCACUUUUCCUUAUGCAUUCCAGCUUGAAUUUGUCGAGUAUCAUCCUCCUCCCUCUUCGACUUCUGGCCAAUAUUCUUUCAAUUCUGUUCCCUUAGGUUCACCAAACUCCUCUUUCAACAUAUCUCCUCUAAGUAUUCCACAGGGAUCUGCUUGCUGCACAUUCGCUUCUUCGAGUCAUCUUGGCUUUCUCUCACAUCAUUGCCUUCAUCAUCACCAUCAGCACAGCCACCAGCACAACCUCCAACAUCAACUACAUCAUCACAACAUUCAUGGUCAUCAGCCCCAUUCUCAUCUUAUGAAUCAUCAUCUACCACAGAAUAUCUUGCAACAUCCUUCAGGACAUCGGCACCAUGGAUCCUUAGACGAAGCUCUUUUACCUCUAGGAUAUAACGGCAUUCUUUGUCAGUCCAGUCAUACUUCUUCAGUUACUGCAUUAGGUCAAGGGCCCGGAUUGCCAUCUACUUGUCCCAUUUGCGCUACUUGUGUGGCUAGCAGCGCAAUGCUUGCGUCGGUCCCACUAAACACAUGUUGCUGCUUUACAUCAAAUGCAACUUCCCGAAGUCCUUUGCCACCUGGCGUCCAAGUACAUCAACUUUGGCUGGCUGCUCGGACAGCUGAAGAGAAGGCGGAUUGGAUCGCUAGUCUCCUUAGCAUCCAGAUGCAUCGGUGA